AUGUCACCUGUCAAUGACACCGAAUUCAGCUCUGCAGUGUUCCUUCUCACUGGGAUACCUGGGCAGGAAGACGUCCAUCUCUGGAUCUCUAUCCCCUUCUGCUUAGUGUAUGUUAUUUCAAUUGUAGGAAAUUCAGUCAUUCUGUUCAUUAUAAAAACAGAUCCGAGCCUCCAUGAGCCCAUGUACAUUUUCCUUUCCAUGUUGGCCAUCACAGACCUUGCGUUAUCCAUAUCCACCAUGCCUACAACAUUGCGUGUAUUCUUGCUUAACUCUAGGGAGAUCAGUCGGGAUGCUUGUUUUGCCCAGCUGUUCUUCAUUCACUCACUUUCUUUCAUUGAAUCAUCAGUACUCCUUCUGAUGGCCUUGGAUCGAUUUGUUGCUAUCUGUUACCCACUGAGAUAUGCUUCUAUCUUAACCCUUUCGAGAAUUGGAAAGAUGGGACUGGUGUUUGUGCUAAGAGGAGUGGCUGUUAUAUUCCCACUCCCCUUUCUCCUUAAACAGUUCCGAUACUGUCGAGCCAAUGUCCUCUCUCAUUGCUACUGUCUGCACCAAGAGGUCAUGAAGAUGGCUUGUUCGGACAUCACAGUCAACUACAUCUAUGGCUUCUUUCUUACAGUCUCCAUGGUGGGGUUGGAUUCACUGUUCAUCUUCCUCUCAUAUGUGAUGAUCCUUAAAACAGUGCUGAAAGUCGCAUCCCGCACGGAGUGCCUUAGGGCCCUGAACACAUGUGUCUCCCAUCUCUGUGCUGUCCUACUCUUCUACACACCAGAGAUUGGUUUGGCUGUGAUACACAGAUUUGAGGAGGGCUCUCCUCCAUUUCUCAAGGUUCUCCUGGGCUACAUCUCUCUAUUUGUCCCACCACUUAUGAACCCAAUUGUGUACAGUGUGAAAAGCAAACAGCUUCGUGCGAGGAUAAUCAGGGUGUUUGUCAAGUGA